CCAUUUCCGGUCUGGACAUGGCUGCUGGAUCCAGGAAGCAGAGGGUCCGUCUGCAGCAGUGAACGACAGCGGGCAGCCCAGAGACCGAAGCCGAGCGAUACUAACUCAGGCGCCGAGGCUCAGUUUUCGCUUGGACGUGAACCAUGUCGGCAUCGCCUCAGUUGUUUGAGGAGCCCUUUGAUGCAGAUGAGUACAUUGAGAGGCUGGCCUGGAGGAUCCCUGGGGGGGGCUCUAAGGGAGGGGCCGAGGCUUUUGACCCCAAAAGGCUGCUGGAGGAGUUUAAGAACCACAUAGAGGAGCUGAAGCAGCUGGACGAACGGAUUCAGCGGCGAGUGGAGAAGCUGGAGCAGCAAUGCCACCGGGAGGCGAAGGAGUUCGCCCGCAAAGUACAGGAUCUGCAAAGGAGCAACCAGGUGGCCUUCCAGCACUUCCAAGAGCUGGAUGAACACAUCAGCUACGUGGCGACGAAGGUGUGUCACCUGGGCGACCAGCUGGAGGGCGUCAACACGCCGCGACAGAGGGCAGUGGAGGCGCAGCGCCUCAUGACCUACUUCAACGAGUUCCUGGACGGGGAACUGCGCAGCGACGUCUUCAACAACCCUGACAAGAUCAAGGAGGCAGCUGACAUAAUUCAGAAACUGCACCUCAUCGCCCAAGAGCUACCCUUCGACAGGUUUUCUGAAGUGAAGGCAAAGAUAGCAAGUAAAUACCACGACCUGGAACGUCAGCUGAUCCAGGAGUUCACCGCCGCUCAGCGCCGUGGGGAGAUCGGGCGCAUGCGCGAAGUAGCUGCUGUCCUGCUGCACUUUAAGGGCUAUGCGCACUGCGUGGACGUGUACAUCAAGCAGUGUCAGGAGGGGGCCUACGGUCGCAGUGACGUGUUUGAAGACACGGCUCAGCUGUGCCAGAGAGUCAGCAAGCAGGUGGGCGAGGUGUUCUGCAGUCCCGAGACGGUCAUGGCCAAGCUCAUCCAGAGCAUCUUUGAGAACAAGCUGCAGACACAUGUGAAGGACAAGCUGGAGGAGUCCCGGCGGUCUGACUCGGAGCAGUACCUCAAGAACCUGUAUGACCUCUACACCCGGACGACAGCUCUGGCCACAAAACUGACAGAGUUCAACCUGGGCUCGGACAAGCACACUUUCCUCACCAAGCUUAUCAAGAACAUAUUCUCCACCUACCUGGAGAGCUACAUCGACAUGGAGCGUGAGCACCUGCGGGCCCGGAGCGCCAUGAUCUUGCAGCGCUACUAUGACUCCAAGAACCACCAAAAGCGCCCUGUGGGCACAGGCAGUAUUCAGGAGUUGAAAGAGCGUUUCAGGCUGCGCACCAACCUUCCUCUGGGACCGAGCAUUGACACCCAUGGCGAGACCUUCCUCUCCCAGGAAGUGGUGGUCAGCCUGCUGCAGGAGACGCGACACGCCUUUGAGCGCUGUCACAGGCUUUCGGACCCCUCAGACCUGCCUAAGAAUGCCUUCUCCAUCUUUCUGCUGCUGGUGGACCACCUGUGUGUGGACCACAUCGACUAUGCCCUAGAGAUCGGCCUGUCAGCUAUUCCCUCAGCAGACGCCAAGAACGCCAAUCUCUACUUCCUGGAUGUGGUCCAGCAGGCUAACACCAUCUUCCACCUCUUUGACAAGCAGUUCAAUGACAACCUCAUGCCCCUCAUCAGUUCCUCCCCCAAACUGACGGAGUGUCUGCACAAGAAGAAGGAGGUGAUCGAGCAGAUGGAGGUGAAGCUGGACACGGGCAUCGACAGGACUCUGAACUGCAUGUUCGGCCAGAUGAAGCACAUCCUGACAACAGAACAGAAGAAGACAGACUUCAAGCCAGAGGAUGAGAACAACGUUAUGAUUCAGUACACCAACGCCUGCUCCAAGGUGUGUGCUUACGUGGGUAAGCAGGUGGAGCGCGUGCGGCGCUCCAUGGAUGGGAAGAACGUGGACACGGUGCUGACGGAACUGGGCAUCCGCUUCCACCGCCUCAUACAUGAGCACCUGCAGCUGUAUACAUACAGCUCCAUGGGCGGCAUGCUGGCCAUCUGUGACGUGGCCGAGUACCGCCGCUGCGCCAAGGACUUCCAGGUCCCUCUGGUACUGCAGCUCUUUGACACGCUCCAUGCUCUGUGUAACCUGUUGGUGGUCGCCCCUGACAACCUGAAGCAGGUCUGCUCUGGGGAGCAGCUGACUAACCUGGACCGCAACUUGCUGCACGCCUUCGUCCAGCUGAGGGCAGAUUACCGCUCCUCCAGACUGGGUCGUCACUUCAGCUAGUGCCAGCCAGGAGUCACCCAAAGGCUCCCGACGCCAGCAGCACUACACCCCAGUCAGAUUGCCCCAUCCAUUACCCUAUAAGCAGCUUAUUGUCUUGAGCCUCUCCUUGACAACAAGAUGUCCAAUCAGGAGGGAUCUUCUGUCCAGCACCUUUACACUCCCUACAAGCUACUUCUCUUAUUGGAGCACAAAUCGCCAACUCCUAGCUUGCCGUUGACAUGGCGAAGAACUCGUCCAAUCAGGUUUCAGGGAAAAUGACUUGAGUCCGAGAGAAAUUUGGACUGGCAUCGAUGGCAGUACCUACUUUGAUCUUUUCUGUUCUGGUGGGUCUCUUCUGCACUGAAUUGUAAUUCCGCUAACACUAGAGGGUUGUGUUGGUUCAGCGUUCGCCAUUUUAAGAUGGACACCGUUAGAUGGACAGAGUGUCGAAGCAGGUGAAAUGUUAGGAAUUUGCUUCUGUUUUGUUUCGUUUCGUUUUUAAUUAUUUUAUUGUGCCAAAUAGUAGUGCUGUGGCUACUCUAACAGUUGAGGAGCUGUCAUAAGAUCAGCUUAGUUCAGGCUGCCACCGCAGUGCAUGCUGGGUAUCACGACUGCCAAUCCUAAACAGGCUGUUCCUCUGUGGGACCAGGAUGGGGAAUAUUUAGAACACAUAUACACAUGUAUACCGGCGUGGCUCAUGAUCUGCCCAUGAUACAAAACGUACUUAAGUACAGCCCACACCAUACACCAGUACACUAUGUACACGCUGUACUACAACACCGUGAGAUGAGCCUGUAAACGGUGGAGCCUCGCCGGCUCUCUAGGUGCCGGUAGAUGUUUGUGUACAGUACGGUGGCGGCCUGUGAUUGCCCAGCCACCCUCCAAGCUGCUCCCUGUGUGCAGCUACUCACCCUUAGCAGUGAUUAAUAAAGACACACUUAUAUUGUGGUA